UACAUUUUUAAUAGUUUUCGAUCCUUAAACAGAAAAAAUGUUAAUCUUUCCUGUUGAAUUUGUAUGAAAUCUAUGCGCUAUUGCUGCCAAUUUCGCAUUUUGUGCAAACCUCGUACAGGAGCUAUCGUUUAAGCGUAAUAGUGUGAUUCUUGAAACAUUUUCGGAGUGUAAAAAUUAACUAGUUGGAUAAACAGGGAAUUAUUACAGAUUUGUGUCGCUUGCGUUAGUGUUACAAAAUCGAAAAAAUGUCGACUGGUCUGGUGGACAAAUCGUUCGCCAGUAACGAUGAGUUGUUCUACCUAAAGUGGAACAAUUUUCAGAAAAACGUCAGCACUCAGUUCGAAAAGCUACGCGAAGAGGACGAUCUGGUGGAUAUCACGUUUGCUUGCGAGGGUCGAAAACUAACAGCUCAUAAGCUGGUACUAUUUGCCUGCAGUCCGUUCUUCAAGGAACUAUUGAAGAAAAAUCCUUCGCCCCAUCCUGUGUUUUUCAUGAACGAUGUUAAGUAUGAUGUGCUGAAGGCAAUUCUGGAAUAUAUGUACCUUGGAGAGGUACAUAUUACCAAUGAAAAUUUAAAGGAUUUUAUCAAAACAGCCGAAGGAUUGCAGAUUCGAGGUUUGAGCAAGGAGAAUAAUGCUUUGUCCAACACACAGGGUGACAUUGUGAUGCCUCCGUCAGCGCAGAUACCAUUACGAAAGGACGACAAACAGGACGUUGCCGUUGAGAACGUUCACCUGCUUGAUGAGUUCUGCCGGAAACGCCCAGAACCGGGUGAAAUAAAUCAUGCCGCUCUUAUCAAACGUGUUAAAACGAUCGACAGCAGCCAUAUUGCGACCGUUGGAGGACAAGAUAGUGGAAAUGUAGAACCAAAGGUCGAAAUGGUUGAAUAUUUGGAUGCGGAUGGUAACAAUCAUCAGUCGCCCACGUACUGUACCAUGGACAACUUUACAGAGAAAAAUGGACCUCGAAAUACGAUUGCACACAUGAAUCAACUUACUUCUACUGGAUUCGCCCAAACAACGAAUCAACCUAGCGGUUCAGGACACCAGCAGCAACAGCAACAGCAGCAGCACGUUCAGCAACACGAGUACAAAUCAGAAGAGGAUAGCAGCUGGAUGGACAAGUCGCUAGAUAAUAUUUCCGUGAACUCCGAGCAACAGAACGUAAAGUACAAAAGUGGUAAAUCCAGCAGUAGUCGUUCGAACCGCUCAGCUGAUGAUAAAACUAACUGCUUGACUCCUCGUUGCUGUCCCGUGUGCUCGCGACUAUAUUCGAAUGUAUCAAAUUUACGGCAGCACAUGCGUCUGAUUCACAAUCCAACCGCUGUUUGCUGCCCAAUCUGCCAGAAGCACUUCAACUCGGAACUUUAUCUAAAGCGGCAUUAUUCUUCGAUCCACUCUAUCAACCCCAACAGUCAGGGAGGGGACGGAGAACUUGUGGAUCAGAAACCUCCUGCAUCUCAGUUGGCUGCCCAGCAGCAACAAGCUCCGCAACAACAACAACAGCAGCAACAACAACAGCAACAGCAACAGGCCCCACAACAGCAGCAGCAGCAACAGCAAGCGACUGCACAACAAACUGCGCAACCUCCGACCGCUACCAACACCUGGAAUCCAUAUCACCAUCACGACACGACACAGUUGGUAAACCCUUUUAUCAAAUAAUCACUGGUAGUCACCGACAAAGGUCGGACCCCUCAGCAUCAGCAGUGCUUCUCUCAGUUGGUUACUAUUUGCUCGAUUGGUCCUUCGAUAGGCUGGCCGCCUAAUUAGAUGGAAGAUAACUGCAAUCACCUAGGUUUGUUGCUUUUAUUUUCUAUAACUUUCAUCUCUUUUCAGAAGAGCCUUAAGGAGAAAUGAGUCGUCAUUGAUUCUGUAAAUUUCAAAAACAGUUUGGUUUGUUUGAAACCAAAGUUCUGUUCAUGAAAAUAUAGUGGACCCCCGUUCGUUUGAACGAUUCCUCAUGCAAACUAAUGGGGUUACUUUUUAAUUUGAACAACUGGUAAUCCAUAAAUAUGCUGGAACUUGUGUGAACUGGCCGCCCUACUCUUUGUUAUUGUUUUGGUGGUUUGAUUCAGUUAGCAGUUGCAAGCAACGAAUAUUUCAUUCUCCGAUCGGAUUUCUAUCAUAAUCGUUGGGAAAACGCAAUGUGAAACAGAUUAAACACGCUAGAUCAGUACAAACAAAUCGCGUUUUCGCGCAUUGUCUGCAUAAGCAAAUGAUGCCAUGUUGAGAAUGACAUUUGAACCAUUUUUAAUUUGCACGUCGUGCAAACCAGCGGGGUUCAAAUUAAAAAGUGUUCAGAUUGAAAACGGUCAAACGAACGGGGGUCCACGGUAUAUGAUCGGUGUUCAGAUUGGCAAAAAGAAUGCAGUGUAUGGCAUUUCUAAGAACAGAGCCCCCGUUUUGGGCCUAAAAACUGCUUCCCAAAGUGGGCUGUCCGACGAAAAAUUAAUGACUGCUCAUUUCCCCUUAAAAGGUUUGAACUUUCUCGAUACUGUCUAGUUAAGUCUAGAGCAUAUCUUCAAAUCUAAAUUUAUUCACAUAAAUUGAACAAAGCAAGAUGCAUGCUUCUUUUUCUUUUAUGAUUGACAAACUACUCGUCAUAUUAUAAUAGGUGUGGUUCUUAAAUUCAUGUAAUUUAUACCUUGGUAUUGAAAGUAUGAAAAACUUACCUCUAUGAAAAACAGUAACAAAAGUCGAUUGAACAUUGCUUUAAUACGGACACGUGCGGGAAAGAAAAAAUCAUCAAUUACAGUUUUAUUUAUCAACACAUUACAAACGGAUAUGUAAGUAUAUGGGGUUCUGCCAGUUUUCAUGUUACUAUCGAAGACCAACCGAUAUUAGUAGAAAAACCGUGAGGGAAGGAACAUGCCAGUGAAAUAUGCUUUGAAAAACUGUCCGGUUCUGAAAUCAACUCCAGUGAAUUUUAGUUUGAAAGGCUUCUGAUUCAUAUUUGGAAACAGAUUUUACCCAGCUCUGUCAUAUUGUACAAAUGAAACUCUACAGAGGCAGAAGAAAUUAACCUGCUUUGAAGUUAAUUGAAUUAAAUCAACCGUUUGCAGAAAAGCUCGCACUGCGACGAAUCAUAAUAUCUUAAAAAAUAACUAUGAUAAAUGUAAGAAAUCUAAACAUUGUCCUCUUCAAGGAUUGGCUAUUCAAAGUAAAAAUCGUUAAAGUGAUUUUUUUUUAAAUGUAAACUAAAACUGUACUUAGAGUAAAAAUAAGUGGAGAGGACGUUUUGGCAUGGGACAUACACAUAACAUGCGAGAGAAAAGUGUGAACUAUAUUAUGACUACACAGAGGGCAUUUUGCGUCGCUAUUCUCACCCCACCUUGGGUCAGCGCGUAUUAGCACCAGUAAGAAGUAGAGAGUUUUAACUUUAUUUAACUGUUUUUAUCGGUUCUACCAAGUAUAAUUUCUUUGUGUUGAUUGUACCACUUCACGUCGUAGUCUGAUUGAGAUCGACUUUAUUUUUGUUUGCGACGACGAAAUAAUAUAUACUUAUGGGUUGAUACUAUCUGACAAAUUAGUACCGUAAGAGGAAAGAUAGCAUACUUAGGAGACGUAAGAUUAGGGAAAAUAUUGGAUAGCUAUAGGUUCAAUAGUGCAAGAAAAACGCCAUGAUUUACAGGAGACAGAAGGAUAGGUUCAGAAAAUAGAAACCCUAAAUGUGGUUUGGCAUUUGCAUGCUGCACAUUAUUUGCCUGUAAAUACAGUUGUCUUAAUGGCAAAUUUAUAAAGAUAAGUAAUAAA